AUGCAAGGUAGGUUGGAUGGCCUAGGACCAGAACAACGUGGUGACGAGGCAGCAGCGACUGUCUUUAGGGAGGUCCUUGGCCAUCGACCUGGUUAUGCACGAGGACUUGGGGAGAUGGUCAUCCCCGAGUCAAGUAGACAACAUGACAAACUUCAAAUGCAACAAUACAUGUCUGAGAUUGAAAAGCACAAGAAAGAUUCUGAACAAUAUAAGAAAGAUGCUGAAGCCUACAAGAUGACAUGGUGCUUGAAUGUUGAUGAUGGGAUGUGGCUUGCAACACAGUGCAGGAAGAAGGGUUCAGAAAACUACCGUUUAAUGAUGCAGGGUGUUUCAAUCGGUCCUUUAUGUACCUUUGGAUCUUCUGCAAGGCUUGGAAAUGGCUGCGAAUUAUAUCCCGGGAGUCAUAUAUCUGGGAACUCGGAAUUGGGGGAGCGUUGCAUCUUAAUGACUGGUGCUGUGGUUGGUGAUGAUUUUCCAGGACAUACAGUCAUUGGAUGCAAUAACAUUAUAGGGCAUCAUGCCGUGGUUGGUAUUAAGUGCCAAGACUUGAAGUACAAGUCAGGGGAUGAGUGUUUCCUUGAUAUUGGGGACAACAAUGACAUCAGAGAGCAUACCUCAAUUCAUCGAUCUUCAAUGUCAGGUGAUCGAACGGUAAUUGGUGAUAACAAUCUUAUUAUGGGAUCCUGUCAUAUUGCCCAUGAUUGCAAGAUUGGUAACAACAACAUCUUUGCAAAUAAUACUCUCCUUGCAGGCCAUGUUGUGGUGGAAGACUAUGUUCACACUGCUGGUGCCAUCGUUGUUCAUCAAUUCUGCAGUGUUGGUUCUUUCUCUUUUAUUGGUGGGGGUUCUGUGGUAAUGAUCAUCUCCUCAUUAUAGGCCUUGAGUUGUCCUCAUUCCCUUUCUGUUUAAUUACAAGGAAUCUAAUAUGGGUGUCCGUGUAUAAAAUGGACUUGAGGCAUUGGGCAUGCUUUAAGGCAAACUAAACUGUGACACUGGUGUCACUUCCAGGAAGAGUGUCUAGAAUAUAACUGUUGAUGUGUCUAACACUCUAAGAAAAGCUGAAGUGAGAGUUUUCUUUACC